AUGAUCCCUCUAAUUUUGCCUUGCUCUAAUCACCUGACAGAGCCUUUGCCCAAGAAAGACGUUUUCAGCUUUGACUUGGACAGCGAGCGACUCUUGAGUUUUGGAUGCCACGACCAAUGCAGUGAAGAGCGAGACAGUCCAGAUCUUCAAAUUCCGACGAGAAUGCUUACUGUUGAGGAUACGCGAGACUAUAGCUUAUCAUACCCUGGAGCCGCGGAAUACUUGGAGACUUCCGUAUAUGAUUAUGAUUUACUCGUGACUUUGGCAACCGACAAAUUUAGGAAUCUAGCGGAUUGUCACUAA